AUGGAGAACACAAGUAUGUGCAAGUUUUGCAGAGAACGAUUCAAGGUAGCGACUAUAAGAACCCAAAACACAAUAAGUCGGUGCCCUGGGUGCAAUCAAAUCAACACAAGUAUACCCUCUACUUCUACUCUUGCCUCAACUUUGAUCAGAUCAUCAUUGUUAUCACAGACUCCAGCUUGCACUAUUGACAGAUUUUGCAGUCAUAAACUGAAAAAGAAGCUUUCUGCAACUGCUGUUUCUCUGAAUUGUAACCCAUCACCUCUCUUAAGUCGGUCUCAUACACGGCAGGAUCAACCGAGAAAACGAGCUUUGCUUAUUGGAGUGAGUUACAAGAAGUUUAAGUACAAGCUUAAGGGAACCAUAAACGAUGUCUGCAACAUGAGAGAUUUCUUGAUCAACGACCUCUCGUUUCGACACAACAACGUCCUUGUCCUCACCGAAAAGGAGGCAGAUUCGAGUCUAAUUCCGACAAAGAAGAACAUAGAAAUGGCGUUGAAAUGGCUUGUGGAGGGCACCAAGUCGGGUGACUCACUGGUGUUUUACUUCUCCGGACAUGGGUUGCGACAGCCUGAUUGGAAAGAGGACGAGAAUGAUGGGUUUGAUGAAACAAUUUGUCCCACUGAUUUUAUGGAAGAAGGAACGAUCCUCGAUAGAGACAUUCACUCCAUCAUCGCCUCUCCACUCGAACAAGGUGCUAAUCUUCAUUCCAUUGUCGAUGCAUGUCAGAGUGGAAACAUUCUUGAUCUCCCAUAUAUAUACAACUCACAUCUGAAGAAGUGGGAAGACAGAAGUCCUCACUAUGGCAUCUGGAAAAACACUAGAGGUGGAUGGGUCACUGCAAUCAGUGCUUGUGAAGAUGAUCAAGAGUUUGCUGAUACCACCGCAUCCACAAGAAAUACAAAGAAUGGAGUCUUAACAUAUCUGUUAGUAGAUUUGUUUAAGAAAUGCCCUGGAUUAACUUAUGGCGAGGUGCUUGAUACGAUACAUGAAGAUUUUCAGAGGGUUAACAACGAGGGAGGAUGCCUUGCUACUUCAAAGAUCUUCAGAAGAAUUUUCCAAAACUCAUCUCAAAGGCCUCAACUUUCUUCUUCCAGAAUGUUUGAUGUUUAUAAUACUCCCUUUACAUUUGGUGACUGUAAGAUCUAA